AUACUAUGGCUGUCCUUAACGUUCUUAAUACCCUAUUAACGAUUCUCUCUACAAGUACAUCCAUUGGAAGCUUGCCUCUUGCGGUGAUACUUACGUCGGAUGAAACUGCAUAUACUUUUUUAGAAGCUUUAAAUGUUUUAAAAUCUGUAAUGCCAUUAACAGCAUUUAAUGAACGUAGACCCGGGGUUGGACCUGAAGUUAUAAUGAUGGACGAUUGCAAAGCAGAGAAAAAAGCCUUACAUAAUACCUGGAAUAAGGCUACUUUGCUACUAUGUGUCUUUCAUUUUCUUCAAGCGAUGUGGAGAUGGUUGUGGGAUGGAAAGAAUAGUAUCAAUAUGGAUGACCAUGUUAUUAUAAUUGGAUGUUUGAAGAAGAUUGUAUUUGCAAAGACUGAAUCUAAACUUAAAGAAGAGUAUAGAGCAUUAAUAAUUAAUCAAGUAUACUUGAAAUAUCCGUAUUUCCAAAAACACUUUGAAGCCAUGUGGAACCGACGCAAAGAAUGGGCUAUUGCAUUUCGUUAA